AAGAGUGUCUGGGAUCUGGAGAUCCUCACUGUGGCUGGUGUGUGCUUCACAGCAUGUGCACUAGGAAGGAGAAGUGCGAACGGUCAUCCGAGCCUCGUCGUUUUGCCUCGGACAUAAAGCAGUGUGUGAGACUCAGCGUUCACCCCAACAACAUCUCCGUGUCUCAAUACAAUGUCAUGCUAGUUCUGCAGGCACAUAACGUGCCAGAACUUUCUGCAGGGGUCAACUGCACCUUUGAGGACCUGGCGGAGAUGGAUGGUCUAGUCGAGGGGAACCGCAUUACCUGCAGCUCUCCUGCGGAGAAGGAAGUCCCACGCAUUGUCAUAGACCAAGGUGACCAUCAGAUUGUCCAGCUCUACCUCAAAUCAAAGGAGACAGGACUAGCUUUCGCCAACACUAGUUUUGUCUUCUACAACUGCAGUGUACACAAGUCGUGUCUAUCCUGUGUUGGAAGCCCAUACCAGUGCCACUGGUGCAAAUAUCGUCACACGUGCACCCAUGAUCCGAGCAGCUGCUCUUUCCAGGAGGGUCGUGUCAAACAGCCAGAGGAAUGUCCUCAGCUGCUUCCAGCGGAUCGUAUCCUGGUUCCAGUAAACGUAGUGAAACCCAUCACCCUUCGGGCCAAGAACCUGCCCCAGCCACAGUCGGGCCAGCGUGGGUACGAGUGUUUACUCACCAUACAGGGCGUGGAACAGAGAGUUCCCGCCCUUCGCUUCAACAGCUCCAGUGUACAGUGCCAGAACACAUCGUACUUGUAUGAUGGGAUGGAGAUGAGUAGCCUCCCUGUGGAUCUGACGGUCAUCUGGAACGGAGACUUCAGCAUUGACAACCCGGCCCAAAACAAAGUGCACCUAUACAAGUGUGACGCACGGCGGGAGAGCUGUGGACUCUGUCUGAAGGCAGACCCUCUGUUCGGCUGUGUGUGGUGUAAGGGAGAGAACCGUUGCUCUCUGAAACAGCACUGUCCUCACCCGCAGAGCAUGUGGCUCGAGCACAAUGGCAUCAAUAGCAAGUGCACGCACCCCAGAAUCACAAAGAUCACCCCACUUCGAGGGCCGCGUGAAGGUGGAACACUGGUGACUAUUCGUGGCGAGAACCUGGGACUGGAGUUCAGUGAGAUUAAGGACUAUGUGAAGGUUGCAGAUGUGGAAUGUACGCCAGUACCCGAGGGAUAUGUACCAGCAGAACAGAUUGUGUGCAAAAUGGGAAAAGCGGAAAGAAGCCAAUUUGCUGGAAAUGUCCAAGUGUGCGUUGGAGAGUGUCAUCCCGAUUUCAUGGCCAAGUCGUCUAAGUACUACUACUUUGUGAUCCCUAGAUUGUCGAGUUUAAAGCCAAACCGAGGGCCAGUAUCUGGGGGCACCAUAGUUAACAUGACCGGCAGCAACCUGGACGCGGGCAGCAAUGUGUCAAUCAUGUUCAAAGACCAGAAGUGCACCUAUCAAAGGAGAGGAGGACAGUGGAUAACAUGUCGUUCUCACGCCUCCAUGCAAGGCUACGGAAAUGUGUCUGUAUCAGUGUUUGUGGAUAAAGCCCACAUUCACAAAGAUCUCAAGUUUGAGUAUGUGGAGGACCCCACUAUCACCAAACUUGAACCCGAAUGGAGCAUUUUCAGUGGCAACACACCAGUGACUGUGACUGGGACAAACCUGGACAUCAUCCAGACUCCUCUCAUCAGAGCCAAGUAUAAGAACUUGGAGACGGUCAACAUAUGUCAGGUUCUGAGUCCCACCACUAUGCAGUGCAUGGCGCCAGAGCUUCCUUACAGUCUAAGCAGGCAGAAGGAAGUGCCAGAGAGACCUGAUGAGUUUGGCUUCAUCCUGGACAAUGUUCAGUCUGUGCUGGCCCUCAACAACACCAACUUUAUCUACUACCCAAAUCCAGUGUUUGAACCGCUCAGUGUGUCUGGGGUCCAGGAACUCAAGCCAGGGUCUCCCAUCAUUCUCAAAGGUAGAAACUUCCUCCCUCCAGCCCCGGGUGGCAACGGGAAACUGAACUACACUGUUCUGAUUGGAGACAAACCUUGCACCUUAACUGUAUCAGAUACUCAACUGCUAUGCGAAUCGCCCAAUCUGACUGGACGCCACAAGGUUCUGGCCCGUGUUGGUGGCAUUGAGUUUUCGCCAGGUGUGGUCCACAUCACCUCUGACAGCCCCCUCAGCAGCACCGCCGUUAUUAGCAUUGCUGGGGCAGGAGGCCUCCUCAUCUUCUUCAUCGUCAUUGUCCUCAUUGCCUAUAAGCGCAAAUCCCGUGAGAGUGACCUCACUCUCAAGCGCCUGCAGAUGCAGAUGGACAACCUGGAGUCCAGAGUAGCCUUGGAGUGUAAAGAAGCAUUUGCAGAGCUGCAGACAGACAUUCAUGAGUUGACCAGCGACCUGGACGGAGCUGGUAUUCCAUUCUUGGACUAUCGCACAUACACCAUGCGAGUUUUGUUCCCUGGCAUCGAAGAGCACCCUGUCCUUAGAGACCUGGAGGUGCCAGGUUACAGACAGGAACAGGUGGAGAAGGGCCUAAAACUGUUUGGACAGCUUAUCAACAACAAGGUUUUCCUGCUGUCCUUCAUCCGAACUCUUGAGUCUCAGAGAGGCUUCUCCAUGCGAGACCGCGGCAACGUCGCCUCCUUGAUCAUGACCGUUUUGCAAAGUAAACUAGAGUAUGCUACGGACGUGCUCAAACACCUGCUGUCUGACCUCAUUGACAAGAACCUGGAAAGCAAGAACCAUCCCAAACUCUUACUCAGAAGAACGGAGUCUGUGGCUGAGAAAAUGCUCACAAAUUGGUUCACUUUUCUGCUAUACAAAUUCCUCAAGGAGUGUGCCGGGGAGCCCCUCUUCUCUCUAUUCUGUGCCAUAAAGCAACAAAUGGAAAAAGGCCCCAUCGACUCUAUCACCGGAGAAGCCCGCUACUCACUCAGUGAAGACAAGCUCAUCAGACAGCAAAUUGAUUACAAGACUCUGGUGGUAAACUGCUUGCAUCCAGACAAUGAGAAGAGCCCAGAGGUGCAGGUGAAGGUGCUGAACUGUGACUCCAUCAGCCAGGUGAAGGAGAAGAUCUUGGAUGCCAUCUACAAGAACGUCCCCUACUCGCACCGACAAAAAGCCUCUGACAUGGACCUAGAAUGGCGUCAAGGCAGAGUAGUACGAGUCAUCCUUCAGGAUGAAGAUGUUACGACAAAGAUUGAGGGUGACUGGAAAAGACUCAACAUGCUGAUUCACUACCAGGUGACUGAUAAUGCAGUGGUAGCUCUCGUAUCAAAGCAGGUCACCGCAUACAACUCUGUGAACAACUCCACUGUCUCCAGAACCUCUGCUAGCAAAUAUGAAAACAUGAUCAAGUACACGGGCAGUCCGGACAGCCUGCGUUCCCGCACACCCAUGAUCACACCUGACCUGGAGAGCGGCGUCAAGGUGUGGCAUCUGGUGAAGAACCAUGAGCAUGGAGACCAGAAGGAGGGAGACCGUGGCAGCAAGAUGGUCUCGGAGAUCUACUUGACCAGGCUGUUGGCCACCAAGGGCACUCUACAGAAGUUUGUGGAUGACCUCUUUGAGACCAUCUUCAGCACAGCACACAGAGGAAGUGCCCUUCCUCUUGCUAUCAAGUACAUGUUUGACUUCCUGGAUGAGCAGGCCGACAAGCACAACAUACACGACCCGCACGUCAGACACACAUGGAAGAGCAACUGCCUACCUCUACGGUUCUGGGUGAAUGUGAUCAAGAACCCACAGUUUGUGUUCGACAUCCAUAAGAGCAGCAUCACGGACGCCUGUCUGUCUGUGGUGGCACAAACAUUCAUGGAUUCGUGCUCAACGUCAGAGCACCGCCUGGGCAAAGACUCCCCCUCUAACAAGCUGCUGUAUGCCAAGGACAUUCCCAGCUACAAGAACUGGGUGGAGAGAUAUUACUCCGACAUUAGUAAGAUGCCUGCGAUCAGUGAUCAGGAUAUGAACGCAUAUCUAGCAGAACAGUCCCGUAUGCACAUGAACGAGUUCAACACCAUGAGCUCCCUCAGCGAGAUCUACUCUUAUGUGGGCAAAUAUACAGAAGAGAUUGUGUCUGCGCUGGAGCAGGAUGAUGGUGCCAGAAAACAGAGACUGGCCUAUAAGCUGGAGCAGGUGGUCGCCUUCAUGAGCCUGGAGAGCUGAGGACCACAUUUCCCAGAGUGCACUGGGAGAUCCAUCAGAAACCGAGCCGUGCCUGAUUGAAGACCUGUCCAUCUAUCUCAUCUCUUCUGUUUGCAAUCUUCCCACAAAAACAAGCGUUUGCAUCGUAUUAGCUCUGCUUUCUAGAAGAGUAGAGAUGGGAACUGGAGGGUGGGCGGAGGAGCCAAGGACUACAUUACCCAUGAUGCAGUAGAGUGGGUGGCCAUCCGGCUCUGCUGUGUAGAGGAGGGGUGGCUGCCUACGAGUUCCACGUCACUGCAUCCUCCAUCCUUCUCCCUGACUGGAAAAGAGAAAAAAAAAUUCCGUUGCCUUCAAAGUUUAGCUGAUAAGCAGAAACCACAAUGUUUGGUGUCAAUUUGUUCUGACUUUUAUGACUAGGGUAGUGUACGACACUAAUAUUGAGUCCAGUUCAUUGUAGUACCUUUAUGAAACAUUGAAACGCAAGACAAAAAAAUGGUACUGCAUGCAUCUGAAGAAUGCAGUUCAUUCGGGCCAUUUCAAAAGACACAAAACACUUUGAUGACACUGGAUUUACGGGACGCGCAAGAUCAUUUAUACGCUUUGAUAAAAGAACAAUCAAGCCUUGAGAAUCCCACCUGCUUAUUCUCACUUUGAAGACAGUGAGGUGUAUUUAAAACCCUCUACAUUUAGCGGGACAGAGCAAGUUAGUGCAUCAACUCUUUUGUCUCUUCCGGGACCUUACCUGACAGUGAAACUGAAAGACGAGACCUAUCGUCUUGUGGGAUACCCACAUCUUCACCACUUCACCACCAGCCUUCAUUUCGGCAUUUAUCCGGCUUGUGCACAUCUGAAUUGAUCCUCUCUUAUCUAGAUGAGUGGAGGAGAAGCCAAGGUUCGUUCCCCUUAGAAUCAAGCACACACACCCCUCUUCCAGAGAGCGACGCCUUCUCUCUGUACUCCAGCGAGGUUGUCAGGACCUACGCUGUGCUGCAAGAGGAUGAAGUAAUCUUAACAACAAAAAAGCACAUUCAAUAGGUGUCUCAGUUCACACAUCCAGUAGGGGGACCUUAAUUACAAAAUAUCCUACUCAGAAUUAGACGUUAAAGGGGGGAAAUGGCGUGUUGUUGAAAGUGCACACGUGCAGCCUGCACUGUUCACUGCCACGGGGUCCCACCCGUAAUGAACACUCUGGAAGCCUCUAGAAAAACCCACACGUGGACAAAGUUGGUCAGCAGAAAACCAAAGGAGCCCAAUUUGAAAAAAAAAUAGCAAAGCGAAUAAAUUACCCCUGAGAAAGCAAACACAAGGCACUAUUUGUUUUAUGACCUACAGAAGGAAACUCCGUCUGCAGCCUCAUAUUUGUUACUGUCCAUUAUUCUGUGUGCAGAAUAAUGGACAGUAGACCAUAAUUUGGUUAUUGCACAACUGGGAAGGCGGAAAGAAAUCCCGAUCUGAAGUUUAAGGGCUUGCUGUAGUUUAAAUGUUGCUGGCGGCCUUGAGAGAUGAAUCUUACCUGGGCUUAAUGACUCUAAAAGCAAACGGAUGGCAUGAUGAGGACAUAAUUAGUAUUGGAUGUAACUUUGACAAUGGGAAAGAGACAAUUUAGUUGCCCACCUUUCCUUUGUCCUCUGACCCCCUCUUUCCCCUUGACAGCGUACCCUAUGUGGUGAUGUGAAAGUGUGGAGAAUCUGCCCAGGUCCACCUUGGGUGCUUUAUUGGCUUUUUCAGCGCAUGUAUUUCAAUUUAAACUUCAAAAAAG